AUGCCAAGCACUUCGACGUCUCCGUUGCGGGGGGAGCUGCUGCGGUUGGACGAGCAGCGGGCGGAGCUUAUGAGGCAGGUGGAGGAGGCAAUGGAGUUUCUCCGCACAACGCCGGUGGGCUUAACUGGCCCUCUCGUCGAUGCGGAGGGGUUCCCGCGCGACGACUGCGACUUGUACGCCGUGCGCCGGGCCCGACAGAUGGUGAGCUGCGGGCAGAACGAUCUCAAGGCAAUGGAGGCCUCCAUGCACGAGAAGCUCGCCAUGCUGCACGAGGAAAGUCAAGCGGAAGCGAAGCGACAAAUGGAACGCGACGAAGAGGCGCGGCGGAAAGGCAAAGCCGACGCCGUGGAACGCAGGCGCCGAGUGCGCCUGGUAGAUGAGAUGUCCAAAAAACCGCCCUUUGUUCGGGUUGUGAAGGCGCUCACUGACAGCCCUGGUGCGCAGGCGGGCUUGACCGCGGGAGACCUCAUUCUCCAGUACGGCGAGGUGGAUGCGGCGGUGGUGGCGGCGCGUGGGUUUGGCGAGAUGGCGCGGGUGACGGGCAGCCACGAGGGGAAGACGCUUAGCGUGUGGGUGAAGCGCCGGGGUGGCGCGGCGGAGACGGUAGUGGAGCUGUUGCUGGUGCCGAAGAGCUGGGAGGGGAGCGGGCUCAUUGGGUGUGAAUUUGAGCCGUGCCUGUGA